UGUUUCACGUCAUUCUUUAACAGGGCGUAGUUCGACAAGUGCUUGGAUUAGUAAUCUGUCUUGUUGUGGGUGCUGUAUUUUUGUGUUUGUACUUUUGUUUUAUUAAAUUUUAAGUAUAAUUUGUGUUUAUACAACUGCAGCAGUUUAUAGUAAUUCAUUUAAGUAAUAGGAGAAAGUCAGCGCCAACAUGUUGAGCGCAAAAUCUUCGAUUUUAGUGCGGAGUUAUACACUAUUUCUGCUGACGCUGGUGGUGGGUGUGUUCGCCCAAUUUGAAUGGCAGCAACGCGAUGCUUUUGAUGAAAUAAAGUACAGAUUUGAUAAAGUAAACGGCGACAAUUGUCCAAUACAACAUGUGAGUGACUUAUAUUUGCCAGAGGACACGGUUUCCCAUAAGCCAGAUAUUAAGGAAAUUAAUAUCAAUCCGAUAUUUCCUAAUCGGACGGCACUGCUGCAUUUGCACAACAUGGCAAUGAGUCGUAGUUUCUUUUGGAGUUAUAUUUUGCAGUCACGUUUUAUACGACCAGCUAUAAAUGACACUUACGAUCCUGGCAUGAUGUAUUAUUUCUUGUCAACAGUAGCUGAUGUCUCUGCCAAUCCCUAUAUAAACGCCUCUGCCAUAUACUUUGCGCCAAACAGUUCGUAUACAUCCUCCUAUCGUGGCUUCUUCAAUAAGACUUUUCCGCGCUUCGGACCACGUACAUUCCGUUUGGAUGAUUUCAACGAUCCUAUACAUUUACAAAAGAUUUCUACUUGGAAUACAUUCGAUGUACAAGAUCUGGGUGCGCAUUUACCGAAUACCAAAUCGAAGGAUUACACAUCGGACUUGUAUAAAAUAAAUGAGUGGUACAAGACAUGGUUGCCAGAUGACGUUGAGGGACGACACGACACGAAAACUACCUAUCAAGUUGAAAUACGCUAUUCGAACAAUACAAACGAAACGUUUACAUUCCAUGGACCGCCUGGUGCCGAUGAAAGUCCCGGUCCAGUUAAAUGGACACGCCCUUACUUUGACUGUGGUCGUUCGAAUAAGUGGCUUGUUUCAGCUGUUGUACCCAUUGCAGAUAUUUAUCCACGCCAUACACAAUUCAGACACAUUGAAUACCCCAAAUACACUGCUAUUGCCGUGCUGGAAAUGGAUUUCGAGCGUUUAGAUAUAAAUCAAUGUCCGAAGGGCGAGGGCAAUAAGGGGCCAAAUCAUUUUGCCAAUACUGCGCGUUGCAAAAAAGAAACUACAGAGUGUGAGCCGCUGCACGGUUGGGGCUUCCGGCGUGGCGGCUACCAAUGUCGAUGUAAGCCCGGUUUUCGAUUACCGAACGUUGUGCGACGGCCGUACUUGGGUGAAAUAGUAGAACGAGCAUCGGCAGAGCAAUAUUAUAACGAUUAUGAUUGUCUCAAAAUUGGAUGGGUGCAAAAAGUGCCCAUACAAUGGGAACGCGAAUCAUAUGACGUGCGUGAGAAAUACUUGGACUUGCAUCCGGAAUAUCGCAACUAUUCGACAGGCUCGCGCGCUUUGCAUGAGGAACACAUUAAUAUCGAUCAAGUGCUCAAAUUCAUACAUGGCGUGAAUUAUCGCACGUGUAAAAAUUUCCAUCCACAAGAUCUGAUAUUGCGUGGUGAUGUGGGUUACGGUGCUAAGGAGCAAUUUGAAAACGAAGCUAAAAUGGCUGUACGCUUGGCGAAUUUCGUUAGCGCUUUCUUGCAGAUCUCUGAUCCCAACGAAGUGUAUACCGGCAAACGUGUGGCCGACAAACCGCUGACCGAAGAUCAAAUGAUCGGCGAAACACUGGCCAUUGUUUUGGGCGACACAAAGGUCUGGUCGGCUUCUAUGCUCUGGGAACGCAACAAAUUCACCAACCGCACAUAUUUCGGUCCGUACGCAUACAAAACGGAAUUGAAUACACGUAAAUUCAAAGUUGAGGAUUUGGCACGCCUGAAUAAAACACACGAAAUCUACACGGAAAAGAAGUAUUUCAAGUUUUUGAAACAACGUUGGUCCACCAAUUUCGAUGACCUAGAAACGUUCUAUUUGAAAAUGAAGUUGCGUCACAACGAAACAGGUGAAUUUAUGCAAAAAUACGAACAUUAUCCGAACUCGUAUCGCGCGGCAAGCCUGAAGCAUGGCUAUUGGACACAACCACAAUUCGACUGUAAUGGUUAUGUGAAGAAAUGGCUCGUGACCUAUGCGGCACCCUUUUUCGGCUGGGAUAGCCUUAAAGUGAAACUGGAAUUCAAGGGCGUCGUUGCAGUCUCCAUGGAUAUGUUGCAACUGGACAUCAAUCAGUGCCCCGAUUCGUACUAUGAACCGAAUGCUUUCAAAAAUACACACAAAUGUGAUGAUCUCACAUCAUAUUGUGUGCCCAUUAUGGGACGUGGCUAUGAAACUGGCGGCUACAAAUGCGAAUGUCUACAAGGCUACGAAUAUCCCUUUGAAGAUUUGAUCACCUACUACGAUGGUCAGCUGGUAGAAGCUGAAUAUCAGAAUAUUGUUGCCGAUAAGCAGUCGCGUUACGACACAUUCCACUGCCGUUUGGCUGGUGGAUCUGGCAUACAAGUUGCCACCUCACUACUCGUAUCGCUGCUUGGCUUAACAUUGAUACUAAUGUACAAGUUUAGAUGAGCAUGCGAAAGCGCUAGUGGUAUUGCACUUACAUAACAAGUGCCUUGUAACGCUUUCCAAAAAACAAAACACAAACAAUACGUCCAUUUUCGUUUAAGUACUAGUAUGUAAGUAAAAAUAUUUGAUAGCAAUAGCUGAAGAAAGCAGCAAACACAUACGAUUAUCUCUUUUCCAAAGCAGUGUGAAUGCCAAACAUACAUUUACUACUUUAUUAUUUUUUUUUUUAAGAAAUCAGGAAUCUCAAAUGACAUACAUACGAAAGACAACACAUACAUUCCUUUAAAAGAUCACAACAAAAACAACAACAGUAUAUGCAAAUCAUAAGUGAAAUAGCUAGCAGCAGCAAGACUGUGGUAUGAGCAGCAUUAAUGUCGGCAUCAACAACAAUAACAACAAUGUAGCAAUGGCAUCAGCAAAAGCCGCACAACAAUGCUAGUAAUGUGAGGAGCAGUGAACAGUGUCAUCAUUUAUCCAAGGCGAUUAAGUUGUAGACAUAAUCUAUUACAAUGCAUCUAGUUAUUUGUCAUUUGUUGUAUAAUAGCUAGUUGGCUGGUGGGGAGACAGCGGCAAAGCCAGCGCAGCACAAGAAAAGCGCAAAUGUUCGUUGAGCAAGUAGCAACUACACAGUGUUGUCUUAUUCCGCCUUCAGCGCUCAUAUUACACACGGCGAAUGUAAAGAACGGAAAUGCCAACGGACGAAAUUUUGCA